AUUGGUUUUGAGCGGCGACUAAACGUAUGACGGCAGACUGGAAAAUUAAGAGUCGAGUCGAGUAUUAUAACCGAAAUAUUCGAGAUACAAAUAAACACCACCUCGGAGUUCCUAGUUGGAGUGUUUGAAGUGCCUGGAGACAGGGUUUGCAGUGCGGUGCGGAGCGUAAAAUUCAAAAUAUCGACCAAGAGUGCAUAAUUAUUUACUGCUAACUUAAGUAAUCCACCGAACCAAAAACCGAAAAGUACAACAUCUAUAAAGUAAAGUAACAUCAACCAAAUCAUGUCUAAGCCACAACCAAUGUCAAAGUCCUUUACGGACGAGGAUCUUUGCAACAUACGCAAGCCCAGACCUUUCCAUCUGGGCCAGUUCUUAUAUAACUCUGAGACGGGCACGGUUAUGAACAGAGAUCGUGCAUCAUGGGCCAAGAUUGGAAUAUUCUAUGUGGCCUUCUAUGGAGUGCUCGGCGCCCUGGUGGCCAUCUGCAUGUGGGCCUUCUUCCAGACCCUUGAUCCUCGCAUCCCCAAAUGGACCUUGGACGAAUCAAUUAUCGGCACGAAUCCAGGUCUCGGGUUUCGUCCACUGCCGCCUAUGGAUAACGUGGAGAGCACCUUGAUCUGGUACAAGGGAACACAGCAUGAGAACUACAAACAUUGGACAGACUCCCUGGAUGACUUCUUGGCUGUUUACAAAGUCCCUGGGCUGACCCCUGGUCGUGGUCAGAAUAUCUACAACUGCGACUACAACCAGCCGCCGCCAAAGGGUCAGGUGUGCGAUGUGGACAUCAAGUCGUGGACUCCAUGCACAAAGGAGAACAACUACAGCUACCACAAGAGUGCCCCAUGCAUCUUCCUUAAGCUGAACAAGAUCUAUGGCUGGAUACCGGAGUAUUACAAUGACUCCAGGGAUCUGCCCGAUUCGAUGCCACUGAGCCUCAAGACCUACAUUGGCGAGGUCGAGAAAACGCAGCCGCACAAGCUCAACACAAUCUGGGUGUCGUGCGAGGGCGAGAACCCUGCCGAUCAGGAGAACAUUGGAGCUGUCAACUACUUGCCCGUACGUGGCUUCCCCGGCUACUUCUAUCCCUACCAGAACUCCGAGGGAUACCUGAGUCCUCUGGUGGCUGUUCACUUCCAGCGCCCCAGGCGUGGCAUCAUCAUCAAUGUGGAGUGCAAGGCCUGGGCCCGCAACAUCAUCCACGAUCGCAAGGAGAGGAUCGGUUCGGUUCACUAUGAGCUUCUGAUUGACUAAUCUGGGAUCACUCAGAUAGAAUGUUGUGAACCAUUAAAUGUAGGCUUAGGAGUGUAGAGGAGCACAGAACGGCAAUCAAGAAUCCAUGACACCAAAUCUAUGAAAUCAAUUGCUAUUGAAUUAAUUGUGAAACAGUCCCACGCGAAACAAAAACAUUUUUUGGAUAAACUUUUUACUAAUGUGUAGUCAUCUUUACACGAUAUUUUGAAAUUUGAAAACUCAAUAGAUUAUCUCAAUCUUUCUAUCAAUCACAAGUAGAGUAAAGUCUUUAGAUAUCACAAAUUUACUAAAUUCGAAUCUCUUCUUAUACAGAAAAUACAUAGAUAUAUUUAGCGAGAAUGUAGUGUACCGCCUAAGAGAUGAAUUUAAUGAUUAUGAGCAAUUUUUUGCAAUACAAAAACAAAACGAUAAAGAGUUUCAUAAUAGUUUAAAAAAAAACUGAAUGCCGAAAUGGGAAAGAGAAUGGACAAACAAAUGGUAAACACCAUUAUUAUUAUACAAAUAAUAAUAAUAAUUACAAAGGCUAGCCCCAAGUAUGAAUCUCAUUUAGCGCUGCUGUUCAAAUCAAAUCCAAACUGCCAUUUCAACACAAAAACUAACCAUUUCUGGCAAAGAGAUAAAUAGAUAACCCCUUUUAGAUAUUUACAUUUCUUCUAAAUAUAUAGAAAAUGAAUCUUUAUUAACUGCACCAAAAAAAUCUUUUUGACUACUUUACCUACUAUACUAUACAUUUAAUCGUAACCACAACAGACCAAUUUUGUGAACCAAAUGAUCCUUUUAAUAUUACUUACGUAUGUGGGUAGUUUCAGUGCAGAUCAUAUUUUUAGAGAAAUGUUAAAGACCCUCGCGCCACCCAUUUAACAUCACAAGCAAAACAAAGCAAAGUAGGAAUUGAUAUUGGCAACAGA